AUGAGUUCUGAAAAGGACGUCGACGUGCACCCUGUUGAAGACGUUGCGGCGGAUCCUGUCCGCGACGUGACCAUGAACAAGGAGGCCAAUAAUGUGAACAGCCGCAUCAUUGACGGCGCCCGCGCCGCUGCCGAAAAGGAGCGCAACAUGACCCUCAUACAGGGCUUGCGUCUCUACCCCAAGGCUAUUGCCUGGAGCGUGCUCAUCUCGACCUGCAUCGUCAUGGAAGGAUAUGACAUUACUCUGGUCAACAACUUUUACGCUUUCCCUCAAUUCAACAGAAAGUAUGGUGAGCUCGACCCCGUCAAGGGCACAUACGAAGUUCCGGCACGCUGGCAAGCUGGCCUGAGCAAUGGUGCCCAAGUUGGAGAAAUCAUCGGCCUCUUCAUCAAUGGUUUCGUCUCGGAGCGCUUCGGCUACCGCUGGACCGUCAUGGGCUGUCUUGCCCUUGUUGCCGCCUUUACCACAAUUUUUUUCACCGCGCAAAACGUGCAAAUGCUGCUCGUUGCCGAAAUCCUCUGCGGUAUCCCCUGGGGCAUCUUCCAGACCCUGACCAUUACAUACGCCUCCGAGGUCUGUCCCGUUGCUCUACGCGGCUACCUCACCACCUACGUAAACUUUUGCUGGGGCCUCGGCCAGGAAAUCGGUAUCGGCGUCAUCUUUUCGAUGCUGAAGCGCGAGGAUGAAUGGGCGUACCGCAUUCCCUACGGCUUACAGUGGAUGUGGCCGCUGCCACUCAUCAUUGGCAUAUAUUUUGCGCCCGAGUCGCCUUGGUGGCUUGUUCGUCGCGGCAAGAUGGAGGAGGCGAAGCGCUCGCUUUUGCGACUCACAACCAAGAAUGAUGAGACCGAAUUCGACGCCGACGAGACAAUCUCCAUGAUGGUGCACACGACUGCGUUGGAAGAGAAGAUGACAGCUGGCGCAUCGUACUGGGACUGUUUCAAAGGAGUCGACCUUCGCCGCACGGAGAUUGUCUGCAUGGUCUGGGCCAUUCAAAAUUUGAGCGGCAACUCCUUCUCCAACUAUUCGACCUACUUUUUGAAGCAGGCGGGCUUGUCAGACCAUGAUUCGUACUCGUUUGCCCUGGGCCAGUAUGCCAUUAACAUGGUUGGCGUUUUUGGUGCCUGGGGCCUGAUGACGAUGGGCAUUGGCCGCCGUUCGCUAUAUCUGUACGGUCUUUGCGGCCUGUGCAGCAUGCUUUUCGUCCUUGGCUUCCUCGGACUCGUGCCUGAGGAGCACCGCAGCCAGGGUGCGCUCGCCACUGGCGCUGUCAUGGUCGUUUGGGCGCUCUUCUACCAGCUCACAGUCGGUACCGUGUGCUACUCGUUGGUGGGCGAACUGUCUUCGCGUCGCCUUCAGAUCAAGACUGUCGUUCUCGGCCGAAACUUAUACAACAUUGUUGCCAUCAUCAACAAUGUCAUUACGCCCUAUAUGCUCAACCCGACAGCAUGGAACUGGAAAAAUUAUGCCGGCUUCUUCUGGGGCGGCAUCUGCUUCCUGUGCAUAAUCUACGUUUAUUUCCGGUUGCCGGAGCCGCGCGGCCGCACCUUUGCCGAGCUUGACGUGCUAUUCGAGAAGCGCAUCAGCGCACGCAAAUUUGCAUCGACUGAGGUCGAUGUAUUCCACGAGAAUGUCCAGCAGGACGUGAUGAAUGCGUAUGACGAAGUGGAUCGUGCUAAAGGACAAUUUGUCUAA